CUUGGGAGUCACAGCCCACGACGCCUUUUAAGGUUUGGCUGAUUCAUAUCCUCUGAGUCAAGAAUUAACAUCCCCAGAUGAAGAUAAAACGAAGUCUGUGCAAUACUCGUUAGCGAGGAGGGUGUGAGGACUAGGUGUUAAGAUAGUAUGUACUGUAUAGCUGAUUGAAUGUGUGAGGACUCCCCCAGAGAGGAAAAUAGCUACUCCAUGAUUAGUUGACGCAAGAGUUUCCCUACAUACCCAAUAAUAUUUGACGUUAAUGUUCUCACCCACUCACUCCUCAAACACUCGAUCAGUCAAAUUUCACUUUCGUAUCCUAACAGUAAUUCCUCAGAUCUGUCCCGCUUCUGCAUCUUCCACAGUGAUUUUAGUUUUGUAUCUACCGAAUACAAUGAUUUGUUCUAAACAGGAAUUGCCUUUCAGCCAGUGAAGAGUGAAAUUCAGCCGUAAUCCAGUGACUCAGUUACUCCUGAACAGCGUGACUGAGACAAAAGUACAGUAGUUUAGUAAGUGGAGGAAAGUGAUAGGGGGAGGCUUUGUGGUGGUGCCGGACACAACUGUUGAAACAAGAGAGAUGGACAACACUGCCACAGUUCUGAAGGCUGUCGUGGCCACCAUCUGGUUACUCGGUGUUGCUCACCUGAUCUCAGCCACCACGUAUAAUGAGUGUAAAUUUAACAAACUUCCGGAGACAAAAGAUCAAGGAACUCUGUAUACUUUCGAAGAUAAGAAACUCAAAGGCUGGAUCAGGACUGUUGGAACGGCUGUCCUCAACCUGAGUGUCGGGAACGAUGUUCAUCUGUCAGGAACAAUUGGGAACUCCUCAGAUAUUAAACUUGACAAGUGGAACCAGAUUGUUAUAGAGCAAAUCGCAGGUGACGAUGGGUACACAUAUUCAGUCAGCAUCCUUGACAAUACGAAAUGGCAUUCAAGUAAAAAGCAAUUUCCUGGAAAUUGUGUGUUUCCCUCAAGCCCGGGUUCAAAGAUCUGGUGGUCCACCUGCCCUCCUGAUGACCUCAUGGAUAUGUGUUCGGGGCCACUAUCAAAAGCAACGCCGCGUGUACCAACCCAACCUCCACCAGACCCAGAACUAACGUGCAGUACAUCAUCAACACAAGCAGAUAGACCUCACUACUUCCAUGCUUGUAUUAUCGCUCUACCAUGCCUUGUGUUGAUGGCUGUUGUGGCAUUUGUCUUCGGGUUUGUCAGCCACUUCAACAAUAAGAAACUAGUAACAGAAAGAGGACGCAGUGCUUCGGGAACUACUUAGAAAACACGUGUGAAGAGUUGGACGGAAAACUAGCUGGACAAUACACACACAUCAUCGACUGCCAGCACAGCGCCACGACAAGUAGAAGUGAUCUAGAACGACACACAGCCACCUCACUACAGUAUAUAUAAUUUAUAUAUUUUCUCAAGUGAAGCUAAAACGUUAAAGAAAACUAAAUUAGAUUCUCAUUAAUUCAUUACCAAUUACAAUAAGAUUUAAACAGCACAGGAAGACAAUCAUGUCAGAUUGAAUUAUCAAUGUCUCGGAUAUAAAUGAAACUUUUGAUUAAUAUUUGUUUUAAAGGUUACGUGUACAGUCUGCAUAAUCAGUAUCUCUGUGUGAAUCUUUUUGUGAUAAUGAUUCCGGUUCUCUUCGGUAUAUGACGACCCCGAUCUCUUAACUCUUAAAAGCACAGGAUUUGGGGGAAAAACAAGACCCAUGUUGCACAGAGAGGGGUUUUUUAUGCACUUGAGUUUAUAAUAGAAAUAAGGCGUCUUGUCAUAUUUCAUUGGGCACCGGAUGUCCCUAUUCAAACUGAGAUAGCACUGAAGGUUUGAGAACGUUUCAUACACAAAUGAAAUUGUCUCAGCCUCGGAUAAUCCCUGAUAUAACGUAAAGGUCAAUAUGGUUCUGUCUCUUUAGUUAUUAAUUAUAUUGUGUAGUGUAACCAGAUGUUAUGUUCAGAGAGUUCGUGUCUAUGUAUGUAAGCUUGUGUGUGUACAUAUAUGAGUUUCUGUUAGCGUGUCCAUAUACAAUCAAGGUAAAAUGUUCUAAAUGUUCACGAAUAAUUCCCAUUUUCUCCACGAACUGACUGACAGAAUAUUCGAGAGUUUCAGCACAAAUUUAUUUAUAAUGUAAUCCCGCUUUUUCCUUCUCGUCCAUUCACAAGGUGAGUCAGACCCCACACAAUGCCUUUGGAUCAUUGUCUGAGUAAACAAUUGACUGUAUCUUGGAGAUUUACAUUUUUCGUAUGAGAAUAACAGAUCCCACCUGUUAUGUGGUAUUAUUAAGGAAUAAGCUAUAGUCACUUAUGUUAAUAACACGUUUAUCAUUGUUAUAAUGUAUCAAAAUAGUAAACUUCAGGAGUCCUACGAUUAAUGAAGUCGGUAUAUUAAUAGCAGUAGUUACAUCCCUCGCCGGAGGCCUAACACCGGGUUGACCUUAGGUUUAAGAACACAGUUUGCUAUUGUGGUUCAAUAUUUGCUCCAGUCUCCAAGGUUUCUCUUCACUUAACCUGACUUUAACCUAACCAAACCAUAGCAAUCCUUGUUUAAGAUAAACGUACAGUCAAAACCUAAAGGUCGCCGAAAAUUUCCUGUCGGCAUUAUUUUUUCUUUUCAUAACACAGAUGACGACGCUCUUUCCACCAACUGUUGAUCUGCAGUCCAGUCACAAAAAGAUGACGCAUCCAUGCGUUGGUGCAAAGAGUGUCAUCUGUGUUAAUGAUGAACAGAAACAUAAUCCUGGCUGGGGAUUUUCGGCGAAAUUUUUAUUUUGACUGUACCUUGACUGUUCAAAAUUUAACCUAAACUAACAGGUUUUGAGGCUCAUCCAAAGUUAAAACCUGCAAUCGGGGGUAAACCAAGAUGGUGCACAGAGUACCAACGGUGCUCUAAACCCAUUGUAGCACCAGUGGUAAAAUCUCUUUUCUAACUGUAUCUACGAUCAACAUCCUGUGUUUGAGAUACGAAGACGACAGGAACUUGCUGACUUGUAUUUUAGCCUUAUUUGGUCUCAUUCUCGACUCGGAUUUGGCUUUCUCUGGUCUCGUACUAACACUUUCUCUGAUCUCUUACUAACCUUUCUCUGGUCUCGUACUAACCUUUCUCUGGUCUCGUACUAACACUUUCUCUGAUCUCUUACUAACCUUUCUCUGGUCUCGUACUAACCUUUCUCUGGUCUCGUACUAACCUUUCUCUGGUCUCGUACUAACCUUUCUCUGGUUUCGAACUAUCCUUUCUCUGGUCUCGUACUCUACUCGGAAACUUGGCCAAAAAGACUCGAGUAUUCGGCUCGGAGUCGGAUAACAAUGAUCUUAGUCUGAACAACACGAUAUAACGUUGUUACUAUAAUAUUCCGUGUGUCUGUGUGUGUUACAACGCUUUUGGCCACUGGGCGGAUGUAGUGGAUCUCUUUUUAUCAGAGAUCCACUGGUCUCAUCACAUCCUCACUACACUACACUACACUACAGUCUCAGCCAUCGCAAUAUAAACAAACCAAUGCCUUCACAAUCAUCUAAAUGAAAAUCAAACCAACUAAAUUACUUAAUAUUAUCAUUGACAAAUUUAACAGACACAUUUAACAUUAUUGUGCUGAUAAAAUAGUAAAAAAAAAUAUCAAGUUUUCUUCUAAAUAAAUUAUAUCCUCUCUGUGGUUUU